AUGACCGAAAGCAAAGGCAUAGGAUUAACUUCCGAAAUUAUCCGCAUUGUAUCUGAUCAAGAAAUCAAAGUAACAGCUUACCAGCCGUAUCUAAAUCGCUCUGAAGCUUCUUUAAUAUUUCCGAUUCCACUUUAUGGCAAAAAAUAUGUUAUUGCAACCUAUAAGCCAACUGUCAAAGCCAAAUUUCUCAUUCUGUCUCAUCGAGAACAUACUCACGUCAAUAUUACAUUCCCUAAAAAUACCUUGUAUAACGGUAGAAUUUAUAAUAGAAGCUAUCCACUGAAUAUAACAUUGCAGAGACAUCAAGUGUUUCAAUUCCACAGCAAAAGCGAUUUAACUGGAACAAUCAUGCAGUCUAAUGAAACUGUCGGUAUUUUCUCGGGUAAUGAGUGCGCUAAUAUUCCUAGCCAAAGUAGUGUUUGCAAUACUAUGUUUGAACAAUUUUUGCCAGCGUCAAAGUUGGGCCAAAGUUACGUUCUCUCUACCGUGUCUGCCAGAAAUUCCGGUAAUAUCUAUCGUGUCGUAGCGGCCUAUGAUAAUACCACCGUUGAUAUUCCAUCUCUAUCUCAGACGCAUACCUUAAAUCAGGGUUAUUAUACAGAAUUUGAGUUGUUUUAUAACGAAGAAACAGUUUUAGUUUGUGAUCUGCCAUGUUUGCUUGUUCAGUUUACCAUUGGAGGAGGCUCAGAUAGUCAACGAUCUGAUCCAUUCCUGACUCUUGUACCGGCCAUAGAACACUAUAAAUCCAAUUACAUCGUCCAUAUUCCAUCCAUAGCGACAAGUCAAUAUCAAAUUUAUCAUAACUACCUUGUGGUGAUGAUACCAGCAAGCUAUCGUGAUGGAUUACUCGUGAAUGGUAAUAAUUUAACUGGAAUAACAUGGCAUACAGUUUUUACCAACGGAAGUCUCGACUAUGCUUGCGCAUCCAUUGCUAUUACCAAUGCUACAUAUACAGUCAGCCAUGUCAGUGAUCAAGUAUCGUUUGGAUUAAUUCAGUAUGGCUGGAGCAGUCAAGGGAUAGCCUAUGGAUUUAUGGGUGGUAUACGAGAAAACACCACGAUAACUACAUUUUUUCCUCCGGUAAUUACCCUUCAGCCAGACGAUCAAAAUAAUACUCUUGGACAAACUAUACAAUUAGAGUGUACAGGAAUCAGUAAUCCUGCAUCAACUUUAGUUUGGUUAAAGAAUGGAAUCCCCAUAGCAAAUACUGAUGAUUUCAAGCAAGUUUCGAGUCGUGGUCGGGAUUUCUGUCUCGGAAUUUAUAGCCAACAUCCUUCAGCAAAUACUCCAAUACCUUAUAUCCUUCUAACGGCAUAUAAUCAAACUGCUAACGUUAUUAUUUUCAACAAUUACUUUAAAAGCACCGUUAGACGUACUCUUGCUCCAUAUGAAACGGUAGCAAUUAGUAUAAGUAACUUCAUGGUAAAUGAUGCUACAGGAAAAACAUCCAAAGUGUUCCAUGUUCUAUCGGAUCAUGAUAUAACAGUCAAAUUAUACACAAUAUUUAAAUUCACUACUGACGCAAGUCUAAUUCUACCUUCUUCAUUUUAUGGUAAGAAAUACGUAGCAGCAACUUAUGUACCAGCCCUUAAUGCAAGAAUUUUAAUCUUAGCCCAUCAAAAUGAUACAACGGUUAGCAUUCGCUUUCCUCGCGGUACCUAUUACAAUGGUCAACUUUAUACUCGCGAUCGACCAUUAUCUAUCAAAUUAGAACAAUUUCAAGGCUUUUUAUAUCAAAUAAAUUAUGAUUUGACUGGAACAGUAAUUGAAUCGGACAAAGGUGUUGCAGUUAUAACCGGCAAUAAGUGUGCUAACGUCCCAGUUGGGGUAACUUUCUGUGAUGUUUUAGUCCAACAUCUCCCUCCUAUCGAGGCGUUAGGUCGAAAUUAUAUCUUAAAGGCGUUAGAUGGUAGAAAGGCUUACACAGUCUAUCGUGUCAUAGCAGCGUAUGAUAAUACUGUAGUGACGAAAUCCUAUCCAUUCCAGACCUUUAUCUUGCAACGCCAAGGCUCAUUUUACGAAUUUCAAUUGCUAAGCGGUCAAGGAACUAAUCUUGUAUGUGAUAGGCCAUGUUUGGUUGUUAAGUAUGGAGUAGGAAUCACUGCAGACAGCAUCACUGGCGAUCCUUUUAUAAUUGCUGUUCCAUCAGUGGAUGAUUUUGAUUCUAAUUAUAUUGCCAAUGUUCCACGGGAUAUAUCCAACUUUUUAUCUUUGUUUCCGGUUAAUUAUUUGCAAGUUAUCGUAGAGGAAAGUUUUAAAGAGGGGCUAACACUGAAUGGGACUGCAUUUCCUAAAGUCAAUUGGCUACCAAUACGGACACUUAGGAAUAAAAACUACAUGGUAGCUUCCAUUCCUGUAGGUAUUGGUACCUAUAAGCUGGCUAAUAACAAUAGUAAUGCCACUUUUGGACUACUCCAAUAUGCUUGGAACAGUCAAUCGACAUCUUAUGGUUUAUCAGCUGGUAUUAAGGCAAAGAUAUUCAUUUCAUCGUACCCCAUAAUUGAAAAUCUUACUGAGAGUGUUAUGGUACCAAGAGGAAAAGUAAUCGACUUACAGUGCCAAGGUUCUAGUUUGACGAAACCAGUGAUGAUAUCAUGGCUCAAAAACAAUCUAAUUUUAAGCCCUAACCAGUAUAUCAUAACGCAGAUAAAUAUUACCGAAAAUACAGUAGCGAGCCAAUUAAUGAUAAAUCCAGCAACCUAUAAUCAUUCGGAUAUUUAUCGAUGUCGAGUUUAUAACCCACAUGCGGCCGUUCUAUCAUCGAAUAUCGCAAUUGUAAUUCAAGAUCCGCCAAAUCCAGUUCGUAAUCUAUCGAUUAGCAACAUAACAGCAGACAGCAUUUCAGUCUCAUGGCUUCCACCUAAACAUGAUGGCUACUCGCCUAUCAUGAAUUAUACCGUCGAACUAUUAAAUGAUCAGUCUUUACUGGUCAUUAAGAAUUGCUCAUCUAGCCUGAUUCCUACUCAGUGUCUUACUUUGACUACAUCAGCAACUUUUCAAGGUCUUAAACCAUUUACCGUGUAUUACUUAAGAACAUGGGCUAAUAACGUGAUAGGAAACAGUACAGCAAGCACACUUCAAGUUAAAACUGAUGAGGCUGGUAUAGCGUUAGGCUAUAACUCGUCUAGUAUUCAAAUUAAUUGGAAACCACCUGUAAUAACCAAUGGUAUUUUGGGCUAUCGAGUCUAUCAAUGGCGAUCAAAUCAAACUAUCAAAACAUUAAAGAACUCUGUUUUAGUUUAUGAUGGCAGAAGCUUUCAAGCUAGUGCGACCAACUUAGAAGCAGAUCAUCUCUACUACUAUCAAAUAAUUCCUUAUAACAUAAAGUAUGGCUACUUGGGUAUAGCGAGUGAAUUCAUGAAUGGAACAAGCCACGAGGAUGGUAAAUAUAUCGUAGUUACCGAAUGA